UUCUCUUGCUCUCGCUGCGGGCUUUCCCUUCAUCCCGUCUCUAUGGUAACUGGGAGGCGCUCUACCCUCCCCUGGCCGUGUUUGUGGUGACCUCGGAGGGAUUGCGCCUGUAGCUGUCAGUGGAGGAGUCUGUAGUGAGAUGUGAGGAGGCGGCGGAGGCGGCGGCUGCAACAACCCGGGGCCUUGGACUCUGGAAGGACACCCACUAUCCUCCCCAAAAUGGACACACCACUGCCGCCGGAGACAAGAGGGUGCUGAAGAACUCCGACUCCGGGGGGCUCUCAUUCGUUACCCACGAGCAAGUGAACCUGAGGUGCCAUGAUGGAAGAGGGACCUCCCAAACUGGUGGAUUACUUUGUAGUGGCCGGGCUGACUCCAGCGUCUCGACCGUUGGAGGAAGAGAAUCGCCAGCGCUCUAUACGUUCUACAGAACUGGUCAUUGAUGUGGCAGUCAUUGUGAAGGCUCAGGGGGAAGAGGUACCACAUGGAUUCACCUGUAUAGAGACCACACCAGGGGGGCACUCGGCUGAUCUGAACUCGGGUUUACUCACCAACCAGCACAUGUACCUGUGUUACCGCAGGGGGAGAGACAAGCCUCCCAUCACUGAGUUUGGAGUCCACUAUGAGGGGAAAGAACCUCUCCGUGCAGGUUUCCAGGUCAUCGACACCACCCCAUACAGUCACUCUGCCAACCUGAGCUCAGGGGGCCCUGGGAACCAGCGAGCCUUUCUCAUGUUCAAACGUGCUUCUGAGUCCAUGGGGCUGAAUAGUCUGGGGGUGAUGGAUAUCUGUAUCAUUAACCCCAGCAAGGGAGAAAGCACCCCCAACACUUUCUGCCGAGUGGAGAGGAAUCUCAAUACAAGUAUGUUUGGCCAAGCUCUCUUCCUUUGUUACAAGAAGGGCACGGCAAAGACUCACAGCCUUGUGUAUGAAGCAGGGGUGAUCAGCCGAUUCCCUGAUACUGACAGUGAAAUAUUUCCCUUGCCUGAGAUGGUGGCAAUCUUCUGCCUGCCAAUGGGUGCCACUAUAGAGAGUUGGCCUAUCAACACUAAGUAUCACAUGCCUGUCUUCUCCACAUUUGUGCUGACCGGUGCUUCUGGAGAGAAGGUAUACGGCGCUGCUAUCCAGUUCCAUGAGCAAUACCCCCGGGAGUGCCUGACCGAGAAGCAGAACCAAUGCCUGGGGCUACUGAGUGUGGUGGACAAACGCCCUGUGACCAACAAGUCUGUUCAGACCAAGAAGAGCAUUUGUGUCUUGUCUCACUGGCCUUUCUUUGACGUCUUCCAAAAGUUCCUCACCUUUAUUUAUCGAUACUCCAUCUCAGGCCCCCAUGUUCUUCCCAUUGAGAAACACCUCUCCAACUUCAUGUUCAAUGUCCCCUUCCCAUCCCCUCAACGGCCACGCAUUCUGGUACAGAUGUCCCCAUAUGAUAAUGUUUUGCUGUGCCAGCCAGUAUCCUCUCCUUUGCCCCUCAGUGGAGCGAGUUAUGUGACUCUUCUGCAGAACCUGGGCCCCGAGACGCCUGUGACCCUCCUUCUUGCUGUUCUGACUGAAAACAAAGUGCUUAUCCACUCGCAGAGGCCUGAUGUGCUGACCAGUGUGGGGGAGGCGUUGGUGUCGAUCAUAUUUCCGCUGAGAUGGCAGUGCCCUUACAUCCCUCUGUGCCCUCUCACCCUCUCAGAUGUACUUUGUGCCCCUGUUCCAUUUAUCGUGGGGAUCCACUCCAGCUACUUUGACCUCCACGACCCCCCGCAGGACAUUCUAUGUGUGGAUCUGGACACUAACACCCUAUUCCAGAGCGAAGAGAAAAAGAUCUCGUCUCUCCGGUCACUUCCCCGCAAACCCUGUAAGGUGCUGCUGAGCACCCUGACUGACCUGCACAAACAGCUGGACGAGAUGUACAACAAACCCAUGGAGGAAGCAACUCUGGAGUUUCUGCUGACAGACUACGAUUUGAUCUAUGGACGCCGGACGCAGUUAGAGCUGGACGUACGAGCAGCCUUUCUGAGGUUCAUGGCUUGCUUAUUAAAGGGAUAUCGCUCCUUCUUGCUGCCUAUCACCCAGGCACCCUCUGAGCGGACACGGGACUCCAGCAACUUGUUUAACGUGGAGGGUUUCCGGAAGUCCAGAGAUCGGGCUCACCAGAAGUUCUACGCACAGAUGCUAAAGACUCAGAUGUUUACACAGUUUAUAGAAGACUGCUCCUUUGUUAGUGACCGGCACGCCUGCCUGGAGUUCUUUGAUAAUUGCAUAGAAAAGGUACAAAUAGAUGGGGAAAAGAUGGAGGAUUUACACCUGGUGGAGCUGGAUGAGUCUCACCGCAGUGAGCACACUGUAUUCAUCAUGCCAGCUGAGGAACCUCAUGAACAUGGCAGUGCCGAGACGCCUGCUCAGUACAUGUAUGACACCUUCCCAGUUCUCAGGAGGGAGCUCUUUGACCUACCACAAGAUCUGCUGAUGGCUCCACUGAACCAAUCAAAAAGCAGUGCCCCAAGUAGCCCUGCCCCACGUCGGACCAAGCAGGAGAUCAAAAUGGCUCAGGGUGUAGCACAGAAGUACUCCACCAUGCCGGAUAUGUGGGCCAAGUGUCUGCUGGGACACUGCUAUGGACUCUGGUUUAUCUACCUCCCCACAUUUGUGCGUGCCACCACCAGCAAAGUGUGGGCUCUUCAGACCGCCUACGAUGCCCUUAAGCAGAUGGAGAAUAAGAAAGUGGUCCUACCUGAUGAGGUGUGUUACCGGGUGCUGAUGCAGCUGUGCGGUCAAUACGGGGAGCCGGUUCUAGCGGUGAGGGUUAUGCUUGAAAUGAGAAAAGCUGGCAUUGUGCCGAAUAUCAUCACCUAUGGAUACUACAAUAAGGCCAUAUUGGAAAGUAAAUGGCCCUCGAGCAAUCAGAGCGGGCGCCUACGCUGGGCCAAGCUGCGCAAUGUGGUCCUGGGAGCCGCUCAGUUCCGCCAGCCCCUCAAACGAAAAAGGAGACAGACCAGACUCAGCCUUUCACAGACAGACACACAUUUGCAAAGACACGCGGCCUCUGAUCUGCCUCCACGACUGAGUCUACUUCGCCAAGCCACAUGGGCAGGGAGCACACACAGGGAAUUGCAUGAUAUCUCAUCGGGGAAGCUGGUAAAGAGCUGGAGUGUUAGUGGCACCGGGAGUGACAGUGACAUGGUGGAGACCACACUAACGCACAUGAUGGAAGAUGUGGAGGGUAUGAAGAUGCCCAACAGACAUGAUGGAAGCCCAUCACUGAGUGGCUCUCUAAGAAGGCCGUGUGGGACCCCACUUGUUCUCGGAGCCUCAGAGAAUGGAAGCCUGUCCAAUAUCAGUUUACAAACAGAUGCCACUGGCAGUGAUGCUGUAACCUCAGAGGACUCGGAAGUCCUGAUGACCGAGAGCUCCACAGAGGCCUUGCCUUGUCGGCCGGCCAGAGAUGAAGGAGAGUCUUCAUCCACCAGUAGCAAUGGGAAACGCAACAAGUUUACAGGCAAGAUACAGCAGCUUCUCUCCCCUGCCAGGAAGCCUGGGAGGGCCUCAAUAUUUUGCAAAAAGGCCUCUUUUUCAGAAAAACCAUCCCCCCUCAUCUCCCUCGGAGAUCAGCAUCAGCACUGGAGGAGCUUCAAGGAAAGCAUUGGGCGCCCAGAGUCCACAGCCUCUGAGAGCUCGGUCUCCUUGGGAAGUGAAGUUGACUUGUCGGACACCUCCGUCUGCAGCUUCACUCUCCACAAAUCCACCGACCGACUGACCGAGGGGGAACAUGAAGUGCCGGCGGCAGAGGUGAUGCUGUCCAGCUGCUCUCUGUGCCCAGUUUGCCACUCUCUGGUGUAUGACGAGGACAUCAUGGCCGGCUGGACAUCUGAUGACUCCAACCUGAAAACCGUCUGCACGUUCUGCGGCAAAUACUUUGUGCCCCUCCUCAACAUCAGGAUCACCGACUUGCAGAGCCAAUACAGCUCUUCCAAGGACUCCUCUGCCUCCCUCCAGCCUUCUACAGAUGAAGAUUCCCCAGCCCCUGGGGGCUCUGGGCCGGUGCUGAGUGACCGCUUCCAGUGUUUGGUUCUGGAUGAUCCCGGGCCGGGCCGCACGCCAUGCAAUGGAUACUCUGACUCUGCCCAAUUACAGCCUCGUGUGGCCAGUGUGAGUUCUGAGUUAGUUACUGUGGCCUACCUGUGCCCACUGGUCUUGCGCAAGGAGCUGGAGAGCCUACUGGAGAAUGAAGGAGGAGAUGUCCUUUCCCAACCAGAGCUGGUCAACAGCCACCCCAUCAUCUACUGGAAUCUAGUGUGGUACUUCAAGCGCAUGGCACUGCCCAGUAACCUCUUGCAGCUGGUGUUGGCCUCCAAACACAUCAGGCGCCAGUCACAGGUCCUAGAGCUGCCUCGGGUGAGGGUCUGGCUUUUGUGGGAUGUGUUACUGCAGGACCCAGACCGGUGGCCUCCUCUCUAUGUCCUCUGGAAACUGAACAGAAACCUCCCCAUCCACCUCCAUUCCUGGAACCACACUCACCCUUUUACCCUGGAUGUUCUGGAGAAGAUCUUGAAUUUUGUGGGACUCAAUGAGGUUCAUAAAGCGAUUUCCCUGAUCAUAUCCAUCUUACAGGAGCAGCCUUCCCCACCACAGAGUAUGCAGAGGGGAAUAUACCGGGAACUGCUACUCCUAACAUUGGCUGCCCUCGGGAGGGAUCACAUGGAUAUUGGUGCAUUUGAUAAUAAAUACAAGACCGCCUUGAAGAAGCUGAACAACUCUUUGGGUAAGGAAGAAUUGAGAAGGAGAAGAGCCCAGUUCCCUACUCCCAAGGCACUGGACUGUCGGAAAUCCUUUGGGGCUACCCUGGAGUGCUGAGUCCAUUUUGCUAUUAGAACCUGCGGGGAAGCGGCUAGUGGGUUUGCCGCAUACACAGGAGAAAGUCCUCUGCUCCAAGUAGGAAGCGCCCAGAGGUGGAGCAGGCAAGAGCUGACAAGCAGAGGAGCAUCACUGUGAUGUGGAUCCAUGAAUGCCGCCAGAGUAGCCUGGCCAAUCUCCAUGUGCAGAAUCCGUCAGCUGGCGGCACAUUCGCUCCAUGGCACGGACCACUCGCAUUAAUCAAAUAUCUACCAGUAUUUCCAUGCAGCAGAGGAAAUAGAAGGACUGGUGCAUGCUGGGUUAGCUGUAGUGCAAUAGGGGCAGCUGCACUAACAGCCAAUCCCUGAAGAGAUGACAGUUGUGUUUGAGCCGCCAUGUUUUCCUGUCACAUGACCAGUGUUCAUACUGCUGAUAUCACUUGCCAAAGCGGAAUGGGAUUGUCCGUGUGUCACGUGAUCUUCUCAGUCAGAUUCGGUUUUUUAUUGGGCUGCUGUCAUUUUAUUGUGAAUGGGACUGUGCCGGGGUCAGACUUACUGGACCCAGUUUUAUGUUGUCAGUAUUAAGCAAAUAUGUAAAUGUUCCUUUAAUUUAUUUCAAGUCCUCUAUAUUUUGUUUUUCCCCGAAUCGCAGUAUUUUACCCCAAAGUGUUAGUUACUCUUUAGCCCUCGGAAGGGACAGUUAACCCCACACGUGGGGCACCUCUGUAUAUUUUGCUGCUCAAUCUUCCAUUAAAGGGAACUGUAACCCUUAAGGGUGAUGUCACACUACUAAUUGGCACAAUAAAUCUGCUCUGCCGCUGGCGAAUAAUCUCCUGAAAAUGCAAUAAUGUCAGUUGCCGAUGGGAACAAACACGCGUCGCUUUGUUUCUCCGAAGUAGCGAGAUUAGUCGCCCGCAGUAGAGCAGAUUUAUUGCGCCGAUCUCCCGUGUGACAUAUCCCUUCCCUUGCAGAACACGCCCACGAGGUGCCGCACAACUGUCCCUCCCCUGCGCUCAGUGCAAUAUCACCCCAGCUUCACUUUCUGAAGCUUUUUAUUGUCUUGCAAUUUGCUGGAAAUAAAAACAUUCAUUUUCUUUCAAA